GACGGCCAGCUAGGCAAGGGAACAUUUCCUCAAGGGGUCGACAUGCGACGUUGAGCGCCUCAGAGGUACUAUACCAAAAGAGGAGUACUUGAGGAGGGAGAAGGUUAGGUCGGCUGCCAUGUCCGAGUUGGGGCCGAAAAUGGGAGUGCCCGAAAUGGAGGAGUCAUCGGAGGAUGAGAAUGCUCCGCGGACGUCGGGAGGAGUACGGGAUCCAUCAGGGUCUGUGGUAGGGCUCCGCCAGAUGAAUCCGCGGACGUCAACGACAAGAGUUAUGGAUCCAUCAAGGUCUGUAGUUGGGCUCCACAAGACAACUAUCACGGACAGCAUUGCUGUCAUUACGGCACACGAGCAAACGCAACGCACGAUAGACGACUGGAUGACGACCAAAUGCAUCACGUUCAACAUGAUGAAGAGCGAGUACUGGGACAAAAUGGUGCAUCCGCUCAUGAAUGAGCCGAAAGGCUUCAGGUACGCGAAGUUCGAAAACGCAAGGACGAAGAGGGUCGAAGUGACAAAGGGCAGGGUCCGGAAGAGGGUGGAGGAGUUGCGACAGGAGUGGCCAACCACUGGUUGCAUGUUGCAGCUUGAUGGUUGGACAGAUCACCGACAGAGACCACACAUCAACGUGAUGGUCUCCUUCCCUAAAGGCUUCAUCUUUUGGAGAAAUGUCGAGAAGGUGAUGCAGACGUCCAAGAACCUGCUCAAACUUUUGAAGAAGGUCGAUGGCACGGGCCCCACCAUUAGCAAGGUGUAUGCCUGUAUGGACAGCGCAGUGGAGAAACUAAGGGUGAGCAAGCACUUUGCCGAAGCAGAGAAGGACGAACUCAAGGCAAUCAUCAUGCGGCGCUGGAAUGCAAUGGCAUCACCGCUACAUUGUGCUGCGCUGUUCUUGGAUCCGGAAUACAGAGCGUCGCGGCCAGAAAUGGAUGCAGAGGUUGCAGAUGGGUUUUGGACGUGGCUUUACUUGUGGUGCAAAGAGUCGUCGUUUGUUGAGGUCGACGCAGAGGUCUGUUGUUGGAUUGAGGGCACUGGGGGACACAAUUGCGAAGAUGCAAGGACGCAGGCCCGUCUGAUGCAGUCGGCGAGGUGGUGGAGGAAGUGGUGCAGUGACAUGCCCAUCCUCCAGAAGCAAGUCGCUCGUCUGCUUGGACAAGCGUCCUCCUCCUCUUGUUGCGAGAGGAACUGGAGCUUGUUCGAACGAAUUCAUAGUCGUCUCCGUAACAACCUUGGCGGAGUCGACGCCAUCAAGCUUAGCACGCUGGUUUUCAACAGAUGGAACCAGCGUUUGUUGGAUGCAUUGAUCAAGAAGCCGAAGGCCGAUAAGGGUUCACCGUAAUGGGAAGAGGAUGUCAUUGAACCGGUGGAAGAUCUCACACGGGAUGAGAUGGCCAAGGAUGCACGAAUGCGGUUGGCGGAGUGGCGUGCCCGGUGUC